AUGCAUGCUGCAGUUGCAGCAAAUGAAACGGACCCCACACAACACAAACGCACACGCAUACAGCAGCAGCAACAGCAGCAGCAACAGCAGCAGCAACAGCAGCAGCAGAAGCAGCAACAACAGCAGCAGCAACAGCAACAGAGGUUUCAUAAAGGCGAGGAUUCCAUAGCAGCAACAGCAGCAGCAGCAGCAGCAGCAGCAGCAGCAGCAGCAGCAGCAGCAGCAGAAAGAAGGCAGACACAGCAGACUCAAGCUAGCAGCAGCAGCGAGACAGCAACAACAACAGCAGCAGCAGCAACGGCACCCGCAGCAGCAGCAGCAACGAUACGCGCAGCAGCAGAAGCAGCAACAACCAGAAGAGCAGCAAGGCAAGCAGCACAGCAGCAGAACGAGAAGCAGGAGGAGCACAAGCAGCAGCAGCAACAGCAACAACGAUACACGCAGCAGCAACAGCAGCAGCAGCAGCAGCAACAGCAACAGCAGCAGCAGCAGCAGCAGCAGCAGCAGCUAACAACUUUCUCCGUCAUGAGAGAGAGAAACUCUGAGUACUCGAUGCUCCCGCUGCCGUCGGGGUCCACUGAGGCCACCAGGCGGCGAACCUAA